UGACUGAUAUGCAGGAGUUAUUGGCUAAACAUUUCAGCAACGAAACUGUUGAAAGUAAAUGGGCUGAUGUUCUACUUAGUUGGAUAAACAAUUGCGUGAACCCAUGUUUGGAUGCAAAAGAAUUGAAUUUACAAUGCCUUUUGGAUGUUAUAAAACAACACGACAGAAGAAUGUGUACAAAAGCUAAUAUAAACGCGUUCAGUGUUGACGACGUGGAAGCCAUCUUGAGAAGAAGAUAUCCGACGUUGACAAUAAGAAAUUUGACAAGAGUAUACGAUUCAAAAUACCAAUUCAAGAAAUUGUACAUAGCGAUUACGGUAUUUUUAUUUGAAGCGUGCAUGAAUGAAACAUCCAAAGAGGCGGCCAUUGAGAUAUGCAAACGACUACAAAAACACGAAUUACAAAUGAUAUUAAAAGUAUGUCAAUGUUUGAAAGCUGUUGAUAUGACGGAAUUGAACAUCGAAGCAUCUAUUAAAGCUGCAUUCAUGGAUACAUAUGGUCCGGCUAUAACAAAGAAACUCGAAGGUAAAACGGAACCUAAGAAGGAACCGGAUGAAGAAAUAGCAGGAGUUGAUCCAUCUUGCACUAAAUGUGGUACUGCCAAGGAUGCGGCGAAAACAUCGUCACAUGAAUUAAAAACGUUACUACCACCUAGAGAAGCUAAAGAUUCAGAAUUAAGAAUAAGGUCGAGGAUACAAACGGACAGUUGCCCAUCUAGUGGAUUAUUAGAAAUGGAUGUAAAUGAAGAUGCCCCAUGCAUGAGCUACAGCUUUUCUUCGCAGACAUCGAUCGGUCCCAGGUUCCUCCCUAAGAAGAAACGUCGGAAUUUAUCACCUUCUUCCUCCGGAGAUGCUGCCAAAGGCAGUGCAAACUCUGUCAGCAAUUCUGAAGGUGUAAGAUGGAACCUAUACUUAGCGCUUGGCAGCAUGGUCCUUCUGGCAGUGAUCAUCGUUAUCCUCUGCAGCCUUACACUCCUGGACAGAGGUGAGAAAACGAAAGAUGACGUCGAACUGCUGGACGAAAACUCUACCAAUACUGUUAAACUAAAGAGGCUUGUUAGAGAAGGAUUACCAGUUGUUGAUAUACAGUGGCAAUGCAAGAAUAACUUCUGUCUCAAAUCAACUCUCAGUAUUAACUCGACAAUGUACAAAUCUUUGAGUCGUUGCAUACUUCUAUGUAUGGGUCCACAAUUAUGGCCGCAUCCAAUCGGCUACACGCAAUACAGCAAAGAGAUUAUGGCUCUUAGUACUAUGAAUUUAGAAUACAAAUUCCAAUCAGUACCCUCAGAUAUAGUACACAAUUAUUUAGCGGGUGCGUUCAAAUUAUUUCUCAAAAACGUAUUCAAGUUGGAAAAACGAAAAAAAUCGAACAUAACAGAGAUCGAUCUUCCUAUUAGAAAGAUCAGUAUCGAAAUAGAUGUAGAAAAUGAUCCGGAUCCCAACUUAAGAUUGGACACAGACGAAUCUUAUACUAUAAAAAUUGAUACAAUCGGAAAUCGGGUCGUGUUUAAAAUAUCAGGGUAUUCAUUCUGCGGAGUGAGACAUGGUUUAGAAACGACAAGCCAGUUAAUAUUACUAGAUCAAGUUACUGGCUAUCUAAUAACUCUAUCCAAUUUGACGAUUAAAGACAGACCCUGUUACAAAUACAGAGGUUUAAUGUUGGAUACUGGACGGAAUUACAUUGCUGUAUCAGAUAUUAUGAGAACAAUAGACGGUAUGGCAAGUUGUAAAUUAAAUACAUUCCAUUGGAGAAUAUCUAGUGAAACCAGCUUUCCGUUAUACUUAACUAAAUUACCUUAUCUAUCAGAUUAUGGCGCAUACGAUAGGUCAAUGAUUUAUACUAAAAUUGACGUGAAAAGUAUUGUAAGAAAGGCAGCGUUAAGGGGUAUAAGAGUCCUUCUAGAAGUUGCCGCGCCUGGACCGGUUGGUAGAGCAUGGUCGUGGUUCCCCCAAUCGACUUGUCCUUUAAAAACUAAUAAUUACACUUGUCAGAAUAUAUUAUGCACUAGAUUGUUAAUGGAUAAAUCAGUUUUUGAUACGUUACAAAUACUUUACGCUGAGAUUUUAGAUAUGACAGGUGUAAAUGAUGUCUUUCACCUCAGCGAUGGAAUGUUUUCUAUAACAAAUUGCUAUGAAUUAAUCAGUGAUAGAGAUGGUUUUUUAAAUAACGCAUUGGAUCGUUUGAAAUUAGCUAACAAAGGUGUUUUACCCCAGUUACCGAUAGUAUGGUAUACAUCACAUUUAAUGAAGGAUUCUGAAGCUAGAAACUGGGAAAGAAUGGGAGUUCAGCUGACGGAUUGGGAACCGAAUCCUGGAGAACACUAUUUGGGUAAAUUCCGUGUGAUACAUUCCACUAAUUGGGAUUUGUCUUGCAAGAUUGUUAAACAAAGAUGUGUUAAGUACAGAUCUUGGCAAGAAAUGUACUCCUGGAAGAUUUGGCGUAAUGUUGAAUCAUUUAGCACUGAAGGGGGCGAGGCAAUACUUUGGACUGAUCUUGUUAAUGAAGGUAAUAUUGACGCUUUACUAUGGCCCCGAGCGACCGCAGUUGCCGAAAGACUCUGGUCAGACACUAUAGCCAAUUCUACCGCCAAUAAAUAUGUUUACAUGCGAUUGGAUAGGCAAAGAUGGCGGAUGCUGUUACGCGGAAUACGAGCGCAGCCUAUUUGGCCGGCGUGGUGCAGUUUCAACCCAAGCAUUUGUUUAGCUAAAAUACGCAAAUAA